AUGGCCUCCCAGCCCAAGAAGCCGAACGACGACUACAAAAUCAAGGACACGAAGCCCCAGCUGGGCGAGCGGUGGCCCCGCGGCGGCGGUGGCUGGCUCUCCGGCGACCGUCCCGCCGCCAGCACCUACGACCUGGUCGAGCAGAUGCACUACCUCUACGUUCGUGUCGUCAGGGCCCGCGACCUUCCCCCGAACCCCGUCACCUCCAGCUGCGACCCCUACGUCGAGGUCAAGCUCGGCAACUACAAGGGCCGCACUCACCGCUUUGAAAAGAAAACCACCCCCGAGUGGAACCAAGUCUUCGCCUUCUCCAAAGAAAAGAUCCAAUCCUCUGUUCUCGAGGUGUUCGUUCGCGACAGGGAGAUGGUCGGCCGCGAUGAUUACAUGGGUCGGGUCGUGUUCGAUUUGCACGAGGUCCCCAUGCGGGUCCCGCCCGAUAGCCCGUUGGCUCCUUUAUGGUACCGUUUGGAGAAUCACCGCGGCGAGACGAAGCCCAGGGGCGAGCUCAUGCUUGCCGUGUGGAUGGGGACGCAAGCCGACGAGGCCUUUCCCGAGGCGUGGCAUUCGGACGCUGCCUCGGUGCACGGGGAAGGGGUUUACAGCGUGAGGUCCAAGGUGUACGUUUCGCCUAAACUGUGGUACCUUCGGGUGAACGUUAUCGAGGCGCAGGACGUGGAGUCGGAGGACCGGUCCCAGCCGCCGCAGGUCUUCGUCAAGGCUCAACUUGGGCAGCAGGUGCUGAAAACGAAGGUCUGCCCGACCCGGACGGUUAACCCGUUUUGGAACGAGGAUCUCGUUUUCGUGGCGGCCGAGCCUUUCGAGGAGCAGCUCGUGCUGACCGUGGAGAAUAAGAUGAGCAGAAAGGAUGAGCUGGCGGGGAGGCUCGUUUUGCCGUUGACUGUUUUCGAGCGGCGGUUGGAUCACCGGGCGGUCGACUCGCGGUGGUUUAAUUUGGAGAGGUUUGGGUUUGGGGUGUUGGAAGGGGAGAAGAGGAAUGAGAUGAAGUUCUCGACGCGGGUACAUUUGCGGGUCUGUCUCGAAGGUGGGUAUCAUGUUUUGGACGAGUCGACUUAUUAUAUUAGCGACCAGAGGCCGACUGCUCGGCAGCUGUGGAAGCAGCCGAUCGGGAUUUUCGAAAUCGGGAUUUUGAGUGCGCAGGGUUUGGUUACGAUGAAGAAGAAUAACGAGGGGCGUGGGUCUACCGAUGCUUACUGCGUGGCGAAAUACGGGCAGAAAUGGGUGAGGACGAGGACGAUAGUCGGGAGCCUGAGCCCGAGGUGGAACGAGCAGUACACGUGGGAGGUUUACGACCCGUGCACGGUUGUCACGAUGGGCGUUUUCGACAAUUGCCACCUGGGAAACGGGAACUCCUCUGAUAAGGACUCGAGGAUUGGGAAAGUGAGGAUCAGGCUCUCGACUAUCGAGACGGAUCGAAUCUACACGCACUCGUACCCGCUGCUCGUGCUGCAGCCGAACGGGCUGAAAAAGACGGGCGAGCUCCAGCUCGCAUUCCGUUUCACGUGCCUCUCGUUGGCCCACAUGGUUUACAUGUACAGCCGCCCUUUGCUGCCGAAAAUGCACUACGUGCACCCGUUCACGGUUAGCCAGCUGGAUAGCUUGCGUUACCAGGCGAUGAACAUUGUGGCGUCGAGAUUGGGCCGGGCCGAGCCCCCGCUGAGGAGAGAGGUUGUCGAGUAUAUGCUCGACGUGGACUCGCACAUGUGGAGCAUGAGGCGGAGCAAGGCGAAUUUUUUCCGGGUCGUGUCGCUUUUUUCGGGCCUCAUCUCUGCCGGCAAGUGGGCUUCGGAGGUUUGCGCGUGGAAAAAUCCGAUCACGACUUUACUCGUCCACAUCCUCUUCUCGAUCCUUGUCUGCUACCCGGAGCUUAUACUCCCGACGGUUUUCCUCUACAUGUUUUUAAUCGGGCUUUGGAAUUUCAGGGCCCGGCCGAGGCACCCGCCCCACAUGGACCCGAAGCUGUCGUGGGCCGAGGCGGCCCACGCGGACGAGCUGGACGAGGAGUUCGACACGUUCCCGACUUCCAAAGCUCAGGAUGUGGUUCGGAUGAGAUACGACCGGCUGAGGAGCGUGGCCGGGAGGAUACAGACGGUGGUGGGUGAUGUGGCGACGCAGGGGGAGAGGUUACACGGGCUGCUGAGCUGGCGGGACCCACGGGCGACCAGCGUAUUUGUCGUGAUGUGCAUGUGCGCGGCCGUGGCGCUCUACGUGACGCCGUUCAAGAUUGUGGUUUUCUUGGCGGGUUUGUAUUGGCUGCGGCACCCGAGGUUCAGGAGCAAGAUGCCGUCCGCGCCGAGUAAUUUCUUCCGGAGGCUGUCGGCUCGUGCUGAUAGCACGUUGUAA